GUGACUCCCUCAAGUGGCAAAGUAUUCCUGGCCCGACAUUAAACAGGUAGGAAAGGCGACAACAUUUUAGAGGGAUUUAUGGCAAGAAAGAAACCUCCAUCCCUGGGGAUCCUGUUACUCAUCGUCUGCCACAACAACCAGUGAUCAUGUCAUGUCGGAUGAAGAACAUCAUUUCGAGUCCAAGGCCGAUGCUGGGGCGUCCAAGACCUACCCCCAACAGGCCGGGACGAUCCGUAAGAACGGAUACAUCGUCAUCAAAGGGAGGGCCUGCAAGGUUGUUGAAGUUUCAACAUCCAAGACUGGGAAACAUGGCCAUGCAAAAUGUCACUUUGUUGGCAUAGACAUCUUUAACACAAAGAAGCUUGAGGAUAUUGUGCCAUCUUCUCACAACUGUGAUGUUCCUCAUGUUACUCGAACUGAUUAUCAGCUCAUUGACAUAUCUGAAGAUGGUUUUGUGAGCCUUCUGACUGAAAAUGGCAACACGAAAGAUGAUCUGAGGCUUCCAACUGAUGAAACUUUGCUAGCUCAGGAGGCUGAAGACGCUUUAUCGAAGUUGAAUCAGUCUUCUACUUUACAGAUUGCAUUAGGAUCAUUAAGCCAUUCUCUUUCUCAAAUUAACUUACUUCAGCAUAAAGACAAAGAAGUUAGGUUAUUGGUUGCAGUGUGUUUCAGUGAAAUCAUCCGGAUCCUGGCACCUGAACCACCUUUCAGUGAUGAGAUAUGAAUAUAAUAAGAGUCAAAAUCUGUCGUAGAGGAAGUCUCUCACUAGGACUGCCCGAUGUGUGAGGCUCCUGCUAAUGUGUAGCUUAUAAUAAAUCAUUUUCAGGUGGUGCCAAUUAGGAGAAGUUUUGUCUGAUAAAUUGUGCUGUAUUAUAGCCUACAUAAAUAUCUCUGUAAUUCUUUUUGUUAUAAAUUCUAUAGAAAUGUCAUUCUUUAUUAUGGGGAAUGAUGCUUUGUUUA